CCCGGCUGGCUGCGUGUGCGUCUACAGCCCCCCUCUCCCCCAGCUCUCGCAUGCACACAGCACACACACGCUCCCUUGCAUCUAUACACACACGCAGAGCCGAUCAGUGCAGCCGGCGCAGAGCCUGGUAAUUGUAUUGCUCCCUCCAAGUGGAAGGAAGGACUGAGAGUAAGAGAGAGAGGGAGAGAGAGAGAAAGUGGAAGAUCAGAGAAAGAAGAGGAGAAAGAGGAAACAUAUCAAAACUUUGAUAUUUUUUUAAACCUUUUUGCUGUUCUUCAGAGGAGGUUGAUGUGACAAUGACCCGGUAUCGCUGAUGGAGUCGGUAGGACACCCGUUAUCCGAGUGUUUUUUAAUGCACUCUGAACAAGAAAUGAACUUAUCGAAGGGGCCAUUGGUGAACAGCAGCAGCGAAGAAAACUCCAAGUCAACAUAUGUUAAAUGUGGCGCCGGCGCCUGGAGGAUGCACCAGAGCUACGAUUCACUAGAAGCCAACCACAUGAGAGACGCACAUGCCCUCUACAACCCCAGGCUUCUCUGCAGAAUGUCCAGUAAGGAGCGCCACCUAGAGUCGAAUUGUCCGUCCUCUUACAUAAAGACUGAACCAUCAAGUCCUGCCUCUCUGACUGACAGUCUAAACCAUCACUCCCCUGGUGGCUCCAGCGACGCCUCUGGGUCUUACUCAUCCACCAUGAACGGCCACCCCAACGGCUUGGACUCUCCAAGCCUUUACGGUUCCAACGCAGGAUCCCUGGGACCUGCUGGAGGCCCGGGAUCGAAACGUUACGAGGACUGUUCAUCAACUAUUGGGGAAGAUUCACAAAUUAAGUGCGAGUACAUGUUGAAUUCCAUGCCGAAGAGGUUGUGCCUGGUGUGCGGGGACAUUGCGUCAGGGUACCACUAUGGAGUCGCGUCGUGCGAGGCCUGCAAGGCGUUCUUCAAACGCACCAUUCAAGGCAACAUUGAGUACAGCUGUCCCGCUACCAACGAGUGUGAGAUCACCAAGAGAAGACGCAAGUCAUGCCAGGCCUGCCGCUUUAUGAAGUGUCUGACAGUGGGCAUGCUGAGGGAGGGUAAGGGAAAAGGUGUUCGUCUGGACAGGGUUCGCGGUGGAAGACAAAAAUACAAACGCCGAAUAGAUGCAGACAACAGCCCGUACCUGAACCCACAGCUGGCUUUGCCCCCAAAAAAGCCAUUUGCCUUUGGCUGCCUUGCAGAUAACAAAAUCGUCUCUCACCUCUUGGUGGCUGAGCCAGAAAAGAUUUACGCCAUGCCUGACCCAACCGUACCGGACAGCGACAUCAAGGCCCUCACCACGCUGUGUGACCUGGCGGACAGAGAACUGGUGGUCAACAUUGGUUGGGCCAAACACAUCCCAGGUUUCUCCACGCUGUCUUUGGCAGACCAGAUGAGUCUACUGCAGAGUGCAUGGAUGGAGAUCUUGAUUUUGCGUGUUGUGUAUCGCUCACUCUCCUUUGAAGAUAAACUGGUGUAUGCUGAGGACUACAUAAUGGAUGAGGACCAGUCAAAACUAGCUGGCCUUCUGGACCUGAACAACGCUAUUCUUCAGCUGGUCAAGAAAUAUAAGUCUAUGAAGCUGGAGAAGGAAGAAUUCGUCACUCUCAAGGCUAUUGCGCUGGCUAACUCAGACUCCAUGCACAUUGAGGAUGUGGAUGCAGUACAGAAGCUCCAGGAUGUGCUCCAUGAGGCCCUGCAGGACUAUGAGGCUUCCCAACACCAGGAGGAUCCCCGCCGGGCUGGCAAGCUGCUAAUGACUCUCCCCUUACUCCGUCAGACCUCCACCAAGGCUGUGCAGCAUUUCUACAGCAUCAAGCAGGAUGGGAAGGUCCCAAUGCACAAACUCUUCUUGGAGCUGCUGGAAGCCAAGGUCUGAGGGCGGGGACUGGAUCGAAGGACAGAUAGACGCCAGUCUGAGUGACUUGAGCUACAUGUCAAACUUUGAUCAACAACUUCAAAUGACCUCUUGUUCUUUUACAUGCAGAUACUCCUAUACUUGCAUACACAGACGUGCAAACACACACAGAUAUGUUCUUAAAAGUUGUUGGCUAACACAUCCCCUACAGAAUCGAUCAAAACCAUAUACCUGAACCCUAAAGCACUAGUUGUUGACUAAGGAGCGUUCACUGGAACCUUUUUUGAUGAAGACAGGGACAGGAGGACUCAACCCUACAAAUGGCCAAUGAAAGACGACAGGUCAGAACAGGUACUUCAUGGCAGUUAUAUAACAAUUACCAGAAAUUCAGAUUGUGACAGAACAUUUAUGCAUCAAAUAACACUUAAAAUGUUAAUGAAAGACAACUGAGGGAACAUAAUAGACAAUAAAACGCUCCACAUUAGUUCUGAAAGACUCUCAGACUAUCCCCAUAUUUUCUUUCCACAAUUCCAUUCGAUAUAAAAUAAUUUUAAAGUUCAACACGAACUGAGUGGGGAAUAAAAAUCAAUGCAUAGAAAAUACUGACAUUGGUUGUAGGUGUACAUGUACAGAGAAGUUUGGAUGGAUGGACUGAAAGAAAAGAAGAGGAUAUUUGCCCUGCCAAAGAAUGGAACCACCCAUUCAGAGGAUGCCAGCAAACUUUACAGUUAUAACCCCGAUCUGUUCUGGUUUUAGGUGGUUUCCAGUCCUGGACCUAAAAAAAAAAAAAAGAAAGAUUGCCCUCCACUUGUCAGUUUUUCUUACGGUUGUUGCUGGGUUAGAGCACCUAGGGCCAGGAAUGGAAACAAACAGUUUAAACAUUUUCUGGUUUUCUGGUUUUCCAUGACUCCCUUUUCUCAAUAGCACCUGAGUAGCUUCUGCUUCAUGAAGACGAUUGAUUCUAGUCAACCAAAACUGUCAGCUGUGUUUGUACUGUUGAUGAAACUAGGAACGAUUUAAAAAAAAAAAAAAAAAAAGGGCAGCUAGACAACGCUGUGGUCUGUUGGCCUAUAAGACUGAUUUGAGUCUUAACACUCGAGUUGUGUUGAUAUUCAACACCAUAAUCAGACUUGUGAAACAAAACUGUCUUCCUAACAAAAACCUUUAAACAGUUCACAUUUUCUUUGGCGGUAAAUACUCUGUCAUUCACCCUUCUUGUGUUUGGAUAUCUGUUUGAAACAUUUUUAGCUGUUUGGGAUCCAGGGUUGCAGCUCUUCACAUACAAUAUUAGUAGCAGUUUCACUCUCUCAGUGUGCCAUUAAAAAUGGUCUGGCCCAAGAUCACCAUCCACACUCCAAAGUCUCACCUCACUACUGCUCUCGUCACCUUAAAGUGUUCGCAACUUCCAGCUCAUUUCUUGCGGCUGUGUCUUGUGACUCUCUCAAGAAAUGUAGCAGAAGAUUCAGUCACUGGACAAAAUACAAAUCAGACGGAAAGGUUUGCUGACUAAACUAACUUAAGAACAACUGUUUUCGCUUUAAAAUAACUUGUCUUUCUCUCUUUUUUUUCUCCUAAAAAAAGAAUCAUAAUGGUAAUACCAAUAUAAGUGUAAAUAUUUUCAUCCUGUAUAUGACAUAUAUUCCAGCUUUGUUUUAUAUUUAAAAAUUAUCUUCUCACAACUGAGUAAGUCAAUGUCUUUUCUUUUAUUUCCAUCAGCCUGACCACUGUCAACAUUAUCACAUAUAUGUAACAAAUAUCACAAGUAAUAAUGUGUUAACAAUUCAGUUUGUCUUAAAAACUCUGAGCAAUAGUGGUUGUUAAUAGGGGGAUUUGGGCAUUUAGACGAAGUCUGCAAUAUUAACAUUUUGUGCCAGUCUCAAAUUUGGGAAAAGGGGUAUUCAAAGAAAAGAAAUGCUGCUUUUCUUUCUCUGUAAAACUUAUUAGCUGUUGGAAGACACUUGACUCUAAAUUUGGUAAAGACUGUUAGCUAUAGGCAAUAUGGACCAGGAAUAGGAUAAUCCAGAUUAAAUUUGAUACCUAAAAUGUUCUUGUCAUCUUUGUGGAUAAAGUUGAUCAGAUUUAGGGAAGAGAGUUUGUUUGGGACUCACAAAUAAUAUAUUCAGUUUAUCAAUUUGCACCAGAAGGAGCAUGUGUUUGGGUUCAGCUGUGAAACCUCAUUAAAUCAAAGUUUGUUUGGAAAAGCAAUGGUGCUAACUAAAUCAUACCACUUCCUGUUUGCUUGCUGUCAUAGACUGUAUAAAAGUGGGUAUAAAAGUGGGUUGAGAGGGUUGGCUCCUGUGACAUCAACAAUUGAUUUAAAGGGCUCUUUCGUGUUUCAACUCUUCAAGUUCAUCACGUGAUGCUGCUAAAUACUCUGCUUUGGUAAACAUUUGAAUUGCAAUUGAAGCAUAAUUACAUAAUGGCCAUCAAUGUUUAAUAUGCUAAACUAUAGUGUUUGAAGGUGAAAAUUCUAUAAAAACAAAGUUUUAUGAGGUUACAAAUAUGGUGAAAUGUAAAACCCUCUUCGCCAUUGGAAAUUAGAUUUCCUUGGCUUGACAAGUGAUCCUUAUACAGUCUAUGCUAGCUGGCUUCUUCCUUGUUAAUGGAUGGUUAAAUUGAAAGUAAAAAUAAUAGUAUCGUAAACCAUCAGAAAGAGUGAAGAUAAUAAAAAGAGGCAUUCAGACAAAAGGGAAUCGAAGAGUUUAUCAAAUGCAUUUCUACUAAUAUUUAUUAACGUGCCUCCUGUCUGGCUAACUACCUAAUUAGCUUGUGACUCGUCUUUUAAAUCUGCCUCAUUAGCUUGUGUAUAAACUGGACUGUUAAGGCUUUUCAGAAUAGUAAUUUAAGAUGUGAAUAUCUAUCUAAGCUAAACUGUAGCUUUAAAUGGCUUAAAAUGAGGAAUACAUUUUGAUGGCAGUAAUUCUAAUGUAUUUUCUAAUGUAUUCUAAUGUAGUUAACAUUAACGUAAUGUUAACUAUAAAGAACAUAUUUCAUGUUUAAAUUCACAUAGUUUCUCUAGAAGAAAGAAUUGGAAAAGGGUGGAAGACAGUUGGGUUUUACAGUUGGAACAGGAAGCAUACAUAACAGGUAGACAGUUGACAUUUACUUUUUUUUUGUUACUGUAUGUAAUUUUUUAAAGCCAAAUAAGAAUGCCAAAAUAUCUACUGUAGAUGACACUGUAAUCUAAUGUAAAAUUGCAACAUUUCACAGCUGAGGAGUGCAGCAAUUUAAGUGUAGUUGACCUCUAACAACACAUGUCCUGUAUCAACCAUCAAUAUUUUUAGUAAGGGGCAUUUCCUCUACCUUCUUUAACCCUGCUGUAUAUUGUAAAUUAUGCAGAUUAUAAUUCUAACAUUAUACAUUUUAUUGUUAAAAAAAAUAUCAAGAAA